AUGACGUCCGAAAUGGCAACAAUCGUUUUUCUAAUAAUCGCCAACUCGAUUCUUCUCGCCGUCAGUCUCCUGGGCACCAUUCUCAACAUUUACCUCUUCUACAAGUUCAGCACGAGACGAGGCAUAGUCAGUGGCUUCUACAAAUUGUGUCUGGUGAAGACGGUGCCAAACGCGACCGUCUGCGCCUCGUUCCUGUUUUGGGCGGUUCCGUUGGGAAGUCUGAGGAUCAAAAACGAUCAGGUCUCGCGGAAUAUCAACGUGUUUGUGGGUCAGUUGGCCGGCUCGGGCGCUUAUAUUUUCGGUCGGUUUGACGCAUUGACGGCUAUGAUCUCACUUGACUUUCAGGCCCUCUUCUUCACGUUUGUAUGGCCGCAAACCGUUUUUCGUCGUUAUAUUUCGCAGUUCGCAUCAUGAAAGUCGCCAGAUAUCCCAUCACUUUUCUCUCAAUCAUUGUGACUCUAAUCAUUGCGCUGGUCUACACAGUGAUGGGAUUUCCAGGUAAGUACGGUCCACUUUUAACGUUAAGACUACUAUUUCAAUUUCAGAAAACUGCGGCUACCUGUACCUUCCGGAGACGCUCGAAUGGGUGUCGGAAGAUGCACCAUGUGCAGUGUUCCAGUAUAAUCUUAUACUCUAUUCAAUAUUUGGAUGUGCUAUAAUAUCGAAUUCAAUGAAUCUGGCGACUGCGGCAAAGCUACUCUUCGAUAAGGUUUUGUCAUGACACUAUAUCUCACAAGGGAACCUUUUAAGUGAUUAAAGGAACCGGCCUAAACUAACGACACAGUUCGAGAGAGGGACUUUCAAAACCUAUAUUCCAGUUUUCAAAAGCUGCUUUCGAGACCUCUGAAAUGCUGAAAUUCCAGUCCGAAGUUUGACAUUUCUUAACCAUAGAUUUCGCAUUUUGGUGGCGCGGCGACCCACCCUCACACCCUCGCCAUGCGCCACGAUUGUCACCGCCCGCAACACCCUACGAAAAUGUUGUCGAGUGGCGCAGGAGUUAACGGUGGGGAUGAGGGGAAUGUGGUCACGGGCUCGACUCCCUGGUUUUGCUUUUUCUUUUUUAUUUCUUUUUUUCAUAUAUUUUUGACGAAAUUGUUUUGAAAUGUUGAUUUUUGAAGGGAUUAAAGUUGCCAAUUGAAGUUGCACAUCGUGUAUGCGGAAAUUCGUCAUCAACACAUGAAUCUUUUUUGCGAUGGUUUUUUUGAGAACAGCGUUUGAGUGCAGUUGAUUCUUUGAUCCAUAACUCGAAGGGGAAUUUUUGUAGAGAAUAAUGAUCAACUACAAAGUUGAUCAGCAUGACAUUUACUACAACUUUGAAGUUGACCACUUCUUUCUACAAUUUUUUCUUUUUGAGAUACAGGCUGUUAAAGAUGGUAGUGCAAAAUCUUGCUGUAUCUCGCGAAUUGAAUGAGAUAUCAAAAAGUCGUCAACUAAAGAAACAUUACUGAAGACAUUAUCCAUAGUUUUUUAGUUGACAACUUUUUCGAAAACUUGCUGAUUUUUGUGAUACGACCCACUUUUAAUCAACUGCCUGUAUCUCAAAAAGAAAAAAUUGUAGAAAGAAGUGGUCAACUUCAAAGUUGUAGUAAAUGUCAUGCUGAUCAACUUUGUAGUUGAUCAUUAUUCUCUACAAAAAUUCCCCUUCGAGUUAUGGAUCAAAGAAUCAACUGCACUCAAACGCUGUUCUCAAAAAAACCAUCGCAAAAAAGAUUCAUGUGUUGAUGACGAAUUUCCGCAUACACGAUGUGCAACUUCAAUUGGCAACUUUAAUCCCUUCAAAAAUCAACAUUUCAAAACAAUUUCGUCAAAAAUAUAUGAAAAAAAGAAAGAAAAAAGAAAAAGCAAAACCAGGGAGUCGAGCCCGUGACCACAUUCCCCUCAUCCCCACCGUUAACUCCUGCGCCACCACAGGUAAACCGCGAUGUCCGAAGCAUGGCCGAACGGUGGCGGAGCGAGCGGUAUGGCCGAAGAAUGACUAACGGAUGGCUAACCCUUCAGCCGUAGCGCUUGAAAAAGCGCUACAUCUGAAAGAUGGCCGAGCAGUGUCAGAAUGAAAAUGCAUCUCGUGAAUGUGGGAAGGAUGGUCAAUCCGUUAGCGAUCAUUCAGCAAUCGAGACGACCGCGCGUUCUUGGACUUUGUUUUUUUUUCAGUCUUCACAACUUUUCGCCACAGCGCGGCUUUUUUUCCGAUUAUUCUUUACUUUUUCUGUUUGUAAAAUUUUCGCUAUUCUUUUUCGGAAGCGUCUACAAUUAUCCUGCUUAGCCGAAGCUUGUCAUGUAAAAAAACAAAUUUUAGGCCUAAAAACACAAUUUUUCUGAUGUUCUUCAACUUCUUUCCCCAUUCGAAAGCGUUUGAAUGCAAAAGAUAUUGAAUGUGAACUGUCUUCGAAAAUUGAUAACGGACAGAUUUUUUGCGUUUUCCUUCAAUAAAUUCUGACUUUUUGCAAAAACAUUCUCCGAUUGCAUCACAUUGUUAAAAACUAAUAACUACUCGUUCGUUGUAUAUGUUCUACACUUUACUUUCUAUUUUCAAACUAUGUUUUACAGAUGCUCCAGUACUUCAUUCAACGCCGUCGACAUCUUCAACAUCCUCUACAUCUCCGACAUCCUCUACAUCUCCGACGACUCCAAACUUCAACUGACUCUACAGGACAGGCACGGGAAAAACGACUAA